AUGUGUGUGACGUCAUAUUUGUUGGACCGCCUCUGGGAAGCGGAAGGAGAAAACGCCGGUCGGUCGCGUGCGACAUACUAAGGUCGCGUUCAUCCAGCCACUAAAAUGUAUUACAAAUUCAGCGAUUUCACUCAGAGGCUGACGGGGUCUGUGUCAUCUACAGCGUACAGUCCUCAGGGUUUAAGGUCAAAUGUACCCUCUGAAGCCUCUACAUUGAUCUUUGCUACCCCAACCAAAGUGAUUUCUGAGUCUGGACCUUCUCUAGAGUACAUGGGUACCAACAGGGUUCCAGACCUCCAGAGGAUAUUUCAGUCUUCAGAUGGUGUCCCGGUGCACCUUAAGCGUGGUGUUCCCGACCGGCUCCUGUACAGGACCACCAUGGCUUUGACUGUUGGAGGUGCUCUGUACUGUUUGGUGGCUCUUUACAUAGCUGCACAGCCUAAGAAUAAGUAAAGGCUACCCAGCGUGUGCAUGUCCUCACAUUGGCAUUUGUGAACUUUAAAAGAGACUGUAAUGUGUUCCUGGAUAUAUUUAUCAUCAUGUGACAAAUGGCAGUUAUGUGUGAUGAUUAUAUGGAGGACUCUAUUUCUGACCUCAUUUACCUGCUCUGCUGAUCAGUGCUCUGGUUAAUACAAAUGUUUAGCUUCUCUAACAGCAAUAAGUGUGUUGAUGAAUAACGGGAAGUUUUUAGUAUUCUUUUACACACAUUUGAAAGUGAAAGUCCUUCCUGUAGUGGAGGAUGUGAAGGUUUCUCUGCAUUUAAAUUCCAUUCACACACAGUGGUCACGUACAGCCCAGACUAAAUUUAAGUUGGGCUUACAUGGAGGUGUCGGUGAUUGAGUCUGUAUUGAGAAUGAGAAUUUCAGAAACAUCCGACAGAUGAAAAAAUGGUUGGAAACUCCAGUGUAUCUCGCAGCUCUGUUGAUUGCUGCUGCAUUUUAAUACAACCAGUCUCACCUGUGUGAAUCAGUUCAAUAUAAAUAGGAUUGUAUGUGCAGCAAAUGCAAGAGAGGUGAGUCAGGUAUAGCAAAGCACUUUCUAGUGAACUGAAAUAAUGUUCAUGUUGGCGUAACGUGCCUUAUCAAUAAUAAUGUCCUUGUUAACUGAAAAUGUUCUUAUUAUUUAAAAUAAUAUUCUUAUAAACUUUAUUAUGGAUCACUGAAAAUGAUCUGUUGUUUUUUUUCCCCUUGAGCUUCCAAAUGUGCCUCUCCACUUGUUCACAUGGCAACAAGAGUUUGAAACACAGUUGUAAAAGUAUUCAGUGACAAACAAAAGACUUUUGAAUGUGCCUCUCUCCUUUUUUUUUUUUUUUUUUCACCAAAGCGAUCAGCAACUUUGUAUAUACUACUCAUGACAACACGGGUGCAUUGUUCCUCUGGAUCUUAUUUUCAUAAAUUUCUUUGCAGUCAGUGGGAAUAAUACAUGAUGAAGCCGACAGCUUGCGUGACUGUUGGUUAAAGUUUGAUAGGCUGUCACAAUACAAAGCAGUGCAAGGCAGUCUAUGACAAUGAGACACGAUAAUUCAUUUGCUGUGGCUUGACGUCUGUGGUAAUGAAAGACCAUUUAUUCCCAGCCCUAGACAGAGUCAUCAGCAGCUCAAAUGAUCCAUCACACUAGACUUAAAAGCUACAUUCCAAACCACAAAUUGUAUGCAGAUACACACAAAGAAAGCAUGACAAAGACUGAACUGGUGUAGUGAUUCAAUCAGACUACGUCCAGAAUAGGCACGUGGAUGGCUAAAUGUGAAUCAAUAAACACUUUCGAGGUCGCAGUAAUGAGCUGGAGAUGAAGACUUUUAUUCCUUGCCGAUCGAUGGUAAUCUUCCUCGGUUUGAGAUUGAG